AUGAGCACCGAGUCUUCCAGUGGUGGCGACAAUUCUGCAGCCACGCCUCGGCCAAAGACUCAUAACCCUUUCAAAACCGAAACCUCGGCCUCUCCGGCCAAUUCGUCGUCGUCCGAACUUGUCGACGAAAUCCUGCCCCAUUUUCCAUACUCACCGACCAUUGUGCCGCGAGAAACGCUCGAGAAGCUUCCCUUUAAAACCUCCAACCGUAUAUUAGAUGAUUUGCGCUUAACGCCGGCUUAUUUGGCCCUCAAACCGAAGGGGUCUUUGCUCCAUUCUCGAACGUACGAUUAUAGAAACAUAGUGCCUUCUGCGCUAGCGAAAUUGAACAGUACAGGUCUUGUGUUGAACAAUUGUGUGCUGCAUAUUCCCUCGGUGUCCCACGUGAAGUUUCAUAGCGAUUCUGUGGUGGUGACGACCGUUCGUGGCCUCAUUGUCACCAACGUGAAGGAGCACCUACAUCACUUUCGCAUCCAGGUACUCAAUGCGCAGGGAAAUGGGCCCGUCGUAGGCAGCGUGGCGAAGCAUGAGUACCACUUGAUUUCUAAGGAGAUGGUAUCUGUAGAUGACUUGCGGUGUCUAGAUGAGCAAGCUAUUCAAAGUGACAAGUUGUUGGACGAUGCGUUUUUCAAGAGCGCCAAUAGUCCCACAAAUCAACUCAUGCGCGUCACGGUCUACAUGGGUGAGUUCUCUGCUGAAGAUUUGGCUCAAUUGACUGACACUGAUAUCAUCAAACAACGAUACCAGGCUGCAAUUGAAAAGAAUCCGUCGGCGUUAUCGAACAAAUCAUACCCAACUCCAUUGCAUUGUUUCACUACUCUCAUCAAGGUCUUGAAGGGCCCCAUUCUCUUACCCCUGGGACAGAAGGUCCACACCAUUAACAGAUCAAGCACCAAUCUAGACGCUCAGAUCAAUUCCGAGAUCCUUUUCAGAGAUUUGGGCUUCAAGGUUGGUGAUGAUAAUGACACUUUGGUACCCCCUGAUCUUCUGCUUAAUCGCUCCUUGAAAGAAGCGUAUAUUAGGAAAGCCAUGGAACUUGUCUAUUUGGGCAAGCAGUUAAAACUGGGCAAUAAGAUAAAUGAAUUCGAUACCCAAUACUCUUUUCUGGACAACUUCUCCCAAGUGUAUUCUGCUAUUGCAGAGGGUGAUAAGGCAUCGUCAAUGUCCAUGGCUCGAAACGAUAAAUCAAAUCAUUGGCAUUUUUACGUUGCCCUCUCCGCAUACUCUUUCUACUCUGAGGAGCUCAUUAUCAAGUGUUUUGAAAACAUGGUGCUUUCAGAUUCGGAGAACAAGUUGCACUACGUCGAUUAUUACAGGAGCAUAAUGUCCAAUCGACCAUACCAGUCUCAGAAACUCCAAACUUAUUACAAUAAUCAAUACCUCAAGGGCUUCAUGUUUGGCCUGCUGGAUUAUCAUAAUGCACUUAAAGCCAUUGGGGUGCAUGGUGCAGGUGAUGAUGCCUUUGUUGAUGAGGAGACUGUGAUAGAGAUGUACAAGAUAGCUUGUAGAAGUGACUACAAGAAUUACACCUACUUCAACAAGCAAUUGCGAAUUAUCUGCGAGAUUCAGAACAGCUCAGUUAUCAAGAAGUUCCUUCGCGAAGAAAUGGUGUCGCCUAGAGCGGCAAUACAAGAACUCCGCAUUGAGGAGGCAACCGAGGACGAGGUUGUCAUUACUGCCUACGAAAUCCGUUUGGAUGAAGUGAUGCAGUCUGUAAACUUCAACACCAGCAGCCCAGAAGUAGUAUUCCUUCAGAAGUGUCUUGUUUCCAUAGCCACUGUAAGGCGCAGUUUCCUCUUAAUGGCAUACAUUGAUAACACUAUGCCAGAGCUCAUGGAUUCCGGGAAAAGUUUUAGUUUUAGUGAAGCUUUAGAUCUCCUCGGCGUCACUGCUACGUCUUCCGACAUGGAACUUAUCACCAUUUUUGAAGCGCUUGCCAAACAAGUCGAUGUUGAAGAUCCCUCUCAAUUCCGAGAUUUGCGCGUCGCAUUCAAGACGUUAGCCGAAGACAAAAAGUCGAAGAUACUUUCGAGCUACCUAAGGUCUGGAAGAGUUGACCCUUCUCUAUUGCCAGCUCAGAAUUGGCCAACUGGUUUGGACAACAUAGGAAAUACUUGCUACCUUAACUCCUUGCUCCAAUAUUAUUUCUGCAUUAAGCCAUUGAGAAAUAUGAUUUUGGAGUUUGAUGAGAAUGAUACAGACUUUUCGAACACACCCGCUAGAAAGAUUGGUGGCCGCUCUGUGGAGGUCUCUGAGCUCGACCGCUCGUUUCAAUUUGUUUAUAGGCUCCAGCAGUUAUUCGCAGAAAUGAUCCAUACGAGACGCAGAUGUGUUCAGCCAAGUAAAGAGUUGGCAUACCUCUCAUUUUUACCACUUUCACAACCUGUGUCAUUUAAGACGACGAGCGCAUCGAAGCUGAUUGAUGAUGCAAUGGAAAUUUCAGACGAUGCCGACUUGGAAAUUAUAGAUGGUAGAGAGGGUUCUCCCGAGACUCCGGACAUCAUCGAAGUGCCUGACACCAGUGAUGUGGAUUCUAUGGAGGGUGUGCAAGACGUUUCAGAACAGAGUCCUUUUGAAGCUCUGGAAGACAAGAAGAUCAAAAGCAUUGAAGCAGACCAAAUUGAUAGUGCCAUUGAAAUUGGACGCCAGCAAGAUGUCACCGAAUGCAUUGAAAAUGUGACGUUUCAAUUGGAAACAGCUCUACAACCAGAUUCUAUUGACGAUGAUGGGGAGCAAUACGAUCUUAUCAAGAAACUUUUUUGCGGUAAAACAAAGCAAACAAUUACUCCGUUCGACUCUACCAAACCUUCUAGAAGCACAAUGGAGCGCUUCUUCAGUUUAAUCAUCAAUGUCAGUGAUCAUCCCAAGGAUAUCUAUGAUGCAUUGGACAAUUACUUCAGUGAAAAUGUAGUGGAUUUGGAGGAAGGCACAGUAAAAAUGAGUCUGACUGUUCUCGAACUUCCUGAAAUCUUGCAAUUCCAUGUGCAAAGAGUUCUUUUCGAUCGUGAGCGGUUGAUGGCCUACAAAUCCAUUGAACCUAUUCCUUUCGGCGAGGAUAUUUAUCUUGACAGAUACCUUGACACUGAGGAUGCAGAUAUCUUAAAGAAGCGUCUCGAGGUCUAUGAAUGGAAGCAAGAGAUCAAGAAUUUGCAGGUGCAAAGGGAUGACAUCAGACAGCAGGAUCCUGUCACCAAGCUCUCCAUUCUAGACUCAUUGCAAGCCACCAUCAAAUAUCUUGUUGACGUAGUUCAGCCAAGUCCUGAGCUCAGCAUCAAACAAGAGACGAUCGACACUUUGAAAAUGCAGGUAGAGAUGAUUCAAACAAAGCUUCGUGGGAUCGACAACAAAAUUGGUUCACUUCAGCAUCAAAUCUCGGAACAAUUCCAAGACUACAAGAAUGUCGGCUACACCCUUUUCGCCAUUUUCAUUCAUAGAGGUGAAGCGUCGCAUGGCCAUUACUGGAUCUACAUUCGUGACAUGGAAAGAAAUAUUUAUCGGAAGUACAACGAUGAUACUGUGACGGAAGUCCCGAUUUCUGAAGUUCUCAACUUUGCAGAGGGAAACACGGCCACUCCAUACUACAUGGUGUACGUGAAGGACAAUUUGAAGAGAGAGUACAUCGAGCCUUUGAAACGAGUUAUUGAGGAGGAAGAGUCGCAUGAAUGA